AUGGAGGAGAGUCAAGAGCUUGAGCCUGAGCUUGAGCCUGAGCCCAAGGCCAAACCCAAAGCUCAUGCCUUGGUUCCUCCUAGCGCUGACGAGUGGCUGGAAGCACUCGGCAUGGGAGACAGCAGCGAUGACGAUGGAGACGAGGAAGGCAAUCCCAUCAGUAUCUACAAAGAGCACAUGCUGGCAGUCCAGAGAAAACUCAACGAAGACGAAAAAUCACAAAAAAAGGUUCCAAAAGACACCAACACCAACAAUGACGACCCAAAAUCCAAAUCCAAAGAAUUAACGGAAGAAUCGCAGCAAUUUUCAGCUGAGCUCUGUGACCCAGAUGUUUCCUACAACAACAACCCUCUCGAUGCCUGGCAGGUUAUCGAGUCUGCUGCUCUGGACGAUAUAGAGCCCUUGCCAUUGCAGCGCUCCGUUGCUCGACCACUGCCCUCCCAAGUGGGAGCAUAUGAUGAAUCGGGAAAUGGAGAACAAAUUCAAAGACGAAAAGUUUCCUUCCAACUAUUCAGCAGCAGUUCCUACAAUCCACAACCACUCAGGGUUUCUAGUACUGCCAACACCACAUCAGAGCUCACCGCAGAAGUCAGGCGAUCAGAUAUUUCCUUGAAUGAAGAGGAGGAAAAGUCGACCUUCAAGACAAAUGCCAUUGUGACAGCCAUUGGCUGCUUGCUGAUUGUUGUGCUGGCCAUUAUUGUACUGGCAGUUGUUCUUCAACCAGAUGAUGACUCUUCACUCGAAGAAGUGGAUUGGGAAUUAUUGCUUCUGUCGAGUCUGGAUACUCCAACACAACUUCUCAUUGAACAAGAGCCUGCCUCUAUACAAGCCCAGGCGUACAAUUGGGUGAUCCAAGAUCCAGACUUUGAUGAGAUGCCUCCAUGGAGACAUCUGCAAAGAUUUGCACUGGCUACAAUCUACUACUCGACUCAAGGUCCACAGUGGAAUCAACCACAUGACUGGCUUUCCUACAAUUCAUCAGAGUGCCACUGGAGACCACCUUCUCCAUUUUCACAGCAGAAUGGCACAAGAAAUCCCACUGCUUAUGUUGAAGAGGAAGAUCCAGAUCAUUGCAACCUUGAUGGUGUUUUUGACAUGCUUCAUUUGGAUGGUAUUGACAAUUUUGGAGGCUCCUUUCCAUCUGAAAUAAAAGUCUUGACAGGUCUCAAAGAGAUUCACAUCAUCAAUAUCCCUGCCCAGUUGUCUCUUUCAGACUUUACACCACCACAGCUAGCAGCAUUGACCAAACUGACAUCCUUGGAUUUCACAGCUUCCAACCUGGAAAACUCCAAUAUCCCUCCUCUAAUUGGUACAUUCUCCUCUCUCAAGUCCAUCCUCCUAUCCACUGCCCAAAUUGCAGGGACCCUUCCAACAGAGAUUGGGUUGCUAGAAAACUUGGAUACCUUGGAUGUCUCUGUAAAUCGACUUGGCUGGUUUCUUCCCACAGAAUGGUCACAGUUGACCAAUUUGGCUCGCUUGUACCUCCAAAGCAACAAUUUGAUUGGUGAACUGCCCAAAGAAUGGGGGAACUUGAGCAGCCUCCGAGAACUUGAUAUUAGUGACAAUCAACUCACUGGAAACAUUCCAAUGGAGUGGGAAGGAAUGGUCUCUCUCACAGAGUUUGCAUUGUAUCAGAAUGAAGAUCUGGUAGGGGAAACGCCACACAGUUUUUGCACUGUGCAGGAAGAAUUCCAUCAGAAGAGCGAUUGUGAAAAAGUCCCCUGCUUGAGGUACAAUUCGAGCUGCUUCGUAACCGCCAGAUGGCUCGCGAAGUUGGUUUCGGGGCCACAACUAGAUCCCACUGCUUAUGUUGAAGAGGAAGAUCCAGAUCAUUGCAACCUUGGUGGUGCUUUUGACAUGCUUCACUUGGAUGGUAUUGACCAUUUUGCAGGCUCUUUGCCAUCUGAAAUAGAAUUCUUGACAAGUCUCAAAGAGAUUCACAUCAUCAAUAUCCCUGCCAAGUUGUCUCUUUCAGACUAUACACCAACACAACUAGCAGCAUCGACCAAACUGACAUCCUUGGAUUUCACAGCUUCCAACCUGGAAAACUCCAAUAUCCCUACUCUAAUCGGUACAUUCUCCUCUCUCAAGUCCAUCCUCCUAUCCACUGCCCAAAUUGCAGGGACCCUUCCAACAGAGACUGGGUUGCUAGAAAACGUGGAUACCUUGGAUGUCUCGGUAAAUGAACUUGGCUGGUUCCUUCCAACAGAAUGGUCGCAGUUGACCAAUUUGAGGUACUUGUACCUAGAAAGCAACACUUUGAUAGGUGAACUGCCCAAAGAAUGGGGAAACUUGAGCAGCCUCUUAAAUCUUGAUAUCAGUGACAAUCAACUUACUGGAACCAUUCCAAUGGAGUGGGAAGGAAUGAGGUCUCUCAUAAAUUUUGCAUUGGAUCAGAAUGAAGAUCUGGCAGGGGAAACGCCAUUCAGUUUUUGCGAUGUACAGAAAAAAUAUCAUCAGAAGAGUGAUUGUGAAAAAGUCCCCUGCUGUAGCCCAGCGAGUUCUCAGUGCACAUGUGUUUAA